AUACAUACAGUCAGCGAUCAGUCUGUGUGCACACACUCACACCUCUGGCUGCUUGAGAAUCUUGUAUGUGUGUGUGAUGUUAGAGGUCAUAAAGGUCACACAGAGGAUGCGUGAGUCAGAGUAUCUUAUACCGAAAGCUUGAAAGAGACAGAAAAGGGGGAAGUAAAUGAUGGCAUGGGGUGUCAAAGGCGUGGACUCUCUUUCAUUAUAAAAGGAACCCCUCAAACGCAAAGAAAGAAGACAGUUCUCCUGGACAGUGUAACAACUACUGAGAUUUACAGCAAGAAUCAAGAGGAGGGUUUUACGAAAAAGUUACUUAAGAGAAGUAUCCAUCAAUGGCCAACCAUAAUGCCAUACUGAGUGUAAUAGAUCUGCAGUGUUAUGAGAAUAACCAUGCUCACCGCACAGAAGAGAUGGACACUGAGCGUCUGCUGGUGCGCAGAGGUCAGCCCUUCUCUGUGGUGCUGCAGUGUAAUGAACGCAUCCCGCAGCCUCCAGAACACCAUCUCAACCUGAUCCUGCACCUGGGUAAGAAUAAUGAGGUGGUUUUGAAGGUGUCAGAUUCAGAGCAAGACCAUGAGAAAUGGUGGUUCAGCCGGCGUAAUGCCCAGAGUGAAGUGAUGCUGACCCUUCACAGCCCUGCCGAUGCUCCUGUGGGUCUAUACAGUAUGGCUGUGGUUCUCCUCUCAGCUGAUGGACAGAUCAUGGAGCAAACCAAGCCUCAGACUUUCUACCUGCUUUUCAAUCCAUGGUGCAAAGAGGAUGCAGUGUACCUCCCUAGUGAUGAACUGUUGCAGGAGUACAUUUUAAAUGAAAAUGGGAUUUUGUACCAGGGCUCAUGGGAUGACGUUACCACCGUGCCCUGGAACUUCGGACAGUUUGAAAAUGACGUGUUGGAUAUUUGCUUUGAAAUACUGGACAAUUCACCUGCAGCCAUGAAGAAUUCAGAGAUGGACAUCGCCAACAGAGCGAGCCCAGUUUAUGUUAGCAGGACUGUUACUGCCAUGGUGAAUGCUAAUGAUGAUCGGGGAGUGGUAUCUGGGCGCUGGGAUGGAGAGUACAGUGAUGGGGUGGCACCCACACAUUGGACCGGCAGUGUACCUAUCUUGAGGCACUGGAGUAAGGGUGGGGGACAGAAGGUGCGCUAUGGCCAGUGUUGGGUAUUCACUGGGGUGGCCUGCACAGUAAUUCGCUGUCUUGGCAUUCCAACCAGAUGCAUCACUAAUUACUCAUCUGCUCAUGACACUAACGCAAACAUUGCCGUGGAUUAUCUUUUCAACGAACAGCUGGAAAGUGUGUCUGAAGGCAAGAAGGACACAAUCUGGAAUUACCACUGUUGGAUUGAGUCCUGGAUGAAACGUGAUGAUCUCCCGGAAGGUUACGAUGGAUGGCAGGUGCUUGAUCCAACCCCUCAAGAAAGGAGUGACGGGGUGUUCUGCUGUGGGCCUUGCCCAGUCCGGGCAGUGAAAGAUGGCGAGGUUGGGUUAAAAUACGACACCCCAUUUGUGUUCUCUGAGGUAAACGCAGAUCUUGUUGUCUGGAUUGUUCAUCCAGAUGGGGAGAGAACUCAAGUGUCCCAGAACAGCAUAACCAUAGGGCGGAACAUCAGCACUAAGAGUGUGUAUGGAGACUUCAGAGAAGACAUUACUUCAAACUACAAAUAUCCUGAAGGCUCAAUGAAGGAGCGAGAGGUUUAUAAAAAGGCAGGAAGACAAGUGGCUCAACAGAAUGAAGAUGCAGGACAGCUCGAGCUCUUCAUCAAGCAUGCCCCAGCUAUCCACGGCACAGACUUUGAUGUGAUUAUAGAGGUGUAUAAUGCUGGUGGGGAGGACACAGAUGCACAGCUCACAGUCACAUCGAACGCAGUCACCUAUAAUAGCAUACACAGGGGAGAGUGCCAGAGAAAGACAACAUCUCUCAUAGUGCCAGCUCACAAAGCUCAUACAGAGGUGCUGCGACUUCAAUAUGACCAUUAUGGAGCAUGUGUGUCUGAGGACCAUAUGAUAAGGGUCACAGCGCUACUUCAACAACCCAGUGCACAGGACAACGUCAUCCUGCAAGAAAUCAACAUACCCUUGAAAAUGCCAACACUUUAUAUCAAGAUUGUUGGAACAGCGAUUGUAUCACGUAAACUCACAGCACACAUCUCCUUCACCAAUCCACUGCCUGUUAGUCUUAAAGGAGGUGUGUUUACUGUAGAAGGGGCAGGACUAACAGAAGCAAAGGAAAUAAAAACACAAGGUAAUAUUGAACCUGGUCAGAAUGUGAUGGUGAAAUUCUAUUUCAAACCUACCCGUGUUGGAUUGAGGAAACUUCUCGUCGACUUUGACUCAGACAGACUGAGAGAUGUCAAAGGAGAAGCCACUAUUAUUGUUCGGCAUAAAAAGAAAAACACGAAUGCUCUCCCAGAAAUAUAGGCAAGCAUGUCAAUUAAGAGAGCAAUAUAAUAUUCAGUGUAGUUCACACAGUUUUAAAAGAUAAAAUGAAAGUGAAAAACUUCACUUGCUUAAAGUUGUGUUAGUUUACUCAAAAAUGAAAAAUCGGUCAUCAUUUACUUGCCCUAAUGUUGUUCCAAACCUGUAUGAUUUUCUUUCCUCUGUGGAACACAAAAGGAGAUAGGCAGAUUAAUAGCCUCAGUCACUGUUUACUGUUUUUUUUAUUUCAUAUAUUUUUUCUAUACUAUAAAAACAAAUGGUUACUUUGGCUGUUAGUCCCAACAUACUGUCAUGAAAAAAAGACAGGUAUAAGGGUUUGGAACAACAUAAAGCUGAGUAAAUUGUGAAAUAAUUUUAACGUUUUGAUUGAACUAUCCCUUUAAUAACAAUAUGUUUGUUUGCUAUUUAUUUUUAUAGUGUGUAAGGCUUAUUGUACUUAAUGUUUAAUUUUCUGAAAUAAGAAUAUGUUGCUCUAAAUAUGUAUGAUUUAUCCAUAUCAAUAUAAAUAUAAAUAUAAAUUUAUAUAUAAUCAGCUAAAGGCAACACCAAGAUUUUAGAAGCUAAGCCUAACAUUUUAGACUUUUUAGUUACUCUUCAACAAUCACAGAUUCCUCUGUGAUUGCUAAAGAGUAACCUCAUAAGCGAGCAGGUGACAUUUAUUACAGUUACAUUUGUCUGUAAAUAAUACACUU